GCCCCUCCCUCCGCCCGCCGCCGGCCCGCCCGUCAGUGAGACAGGCAGUCGAGUCGAGUCGAGCUGCCGUCUCCGCUGCACCUUUCUUCAGUCUUGGCUUGUUUCCUCUUUCCUCCUUCCCGGUCAGCAGCAGUGACUGCACGGACGACGGCACAGGCCCUCCGGGAAGCGCGGCAGGAGCUGAGCGGCGGCCGCGGAGCAUCGAGCCCAGCGCGGCAGAGGCGGCGGCGGCGGCUCGGCAGCCAACAUGGCGGCGGCGGCGGCGGCGGCGGGCGCGGGCCCGGAGAUGGUCCGCGGGCAGGUGUUCGAUGUGGGGCCGCGCUACACCAACCUCUCGUACAUCGGCGAAGGCGCCUACGGCAUGGUGUGCUCUGCUUAUGAUAAUUUCAACAAAGUUCGAGUAGCUAUCAAGAAAAUCAGCCCUUUUGAGCACCAGACCUACUGCCAGAGAACGCUGAGGGAGAUAAAAAUCUUACUACGCUUCAGACAUGAGAAUAUCAUUGGCAUCAAUGAUAUUAUUCGAGCACCAACCAUCGAGCAAAUGAAAGAUGUAUAUAUAGUACAGGACCUCAUGGAAACAGAUCUUUACAAGCUCUUGAAGACACAACACCUCAGCAAUGACCAUAUCUGCUAUUUUCUUUACCAGAUCCUCAGAGGGUUAAAAUACAUCCAUUCAGCUAAUGUUCUGCACCGUGACCUCAAGCCUUCCAAUCUGCUGCUCAACACCACCUGUGAUCUUAAGAUUUGCGACUUUGGCCUGGCCCGUGUUGCAGAUCCGGAUCAUGAUCACACAGGGUUCCUGACAGAGUAUGUAGCCACACGUUGGUACAGGGCUCCAGAAAUUAUGUUGAAUUCCAAGGGCUAUACCAAGUCCAUUGAUAUUUGGUCUGUGGGCUGCAUCCUGGCAGAGAUGCUGUCCAACAGGCCAAUCUUUCCAGGAAAGCAUUAUCUCGACCAGCUGAACCACAUUCUGGGUAUUCUUGGAUCCCCUUCACAGGAAGAUCUGAAUUGUAUAAUAAAUUUAAAAGCUAGAAACUAUUUGCUUUCUCUUCCACACAAAAAUAAGGUGCCAUGGAAUAGGCUGUUCCCAAAUGCUGACUCCAAAGCUCUGGACUUAUUGGACAAAAUGCUGACAUUCAACCCUCACAAAAGGAUUGAAGUCGAACAGGCUCUGGCCCACCCAUAUCUGGAGCAGUAUUAUGACCCAAGUGAUGAGCCCAUCGCUGAAGCACCAUUCAAGUUUGACAUGGAAUUGGAUGAUUUGCCUAAGGAAAAACUCAAAGAACUCAUUUUUGAAGAGACUGCUAGAUUCCAGCCAGGAUGCAGAUCUUAAAUUUGUCAGGACAAGGGUUCAGAGGACUGGGCAUGCUCAGACAUCGGUAUUCUUCUUCCCAGUUCUUGACCCCGAUCCUGUCUCCAGCCUGUCUCGGCUUAUCCACUUUGACUCCUUUGAGCCGUUCGGAGGGGCUGUUUCUGGUAGUUGUGGCUUUUAUGCUUUCAAAGAAUUCCUUCAGUCCAGAGAAUUCCUCCUGGUACCCCUGUGUGUAUCAUGCAUCCGUGACCUGCAGCAGUAUGUACUUUCAGUGCACCUACUGCUUACUGUUGCUUUAGUCACUAAUCACUUUCUGAUUUGAAAGAUGCAGUGGUUCCUCUCCUGAAUCCUUUGUACAUGGCACCCUGCUGAUCCAUGCAACCUCACCAGAACGAGAAUCUUUUCCAAUUGGCCCCAGUCACUGGCAUUUCACUUUACCAUAAGGAAAGCUACUACCUAGGGCACUUUAAGUCAGUGACAGCCCCGAAUUUGUACUUCAUGUGUUCGCUAUAACUGUCUCCCCCAAGCAGGAGCUUGUGGAAAUACUUUGGAUGAUGUUGCAGCCUACAGCAGAUGCUUCCAUCCUGGGAAUCCUUUGGGAGCCCUUGUCAGCAUCUUUUCUCAUAUCAUGUUAGUCACUAACAUAUUUAAGGUAUGUGCUCUUUGUCCAGCUUUUAGAAAAUUCAGUCAUUUUUCUAAAUAAAAAGGAAGUACUGCACCCAUCAGCAUGUCAUUCUGCAGAUUUAGUGCAGUUAACCUGUACUAUUUAUAGCAGUUUAACACUUGCCAGAUGUGUUAUAUGCAGUACUUAGUGUUUGCAAGACUGACGUAAUGAUUUCAAAUGGCAGCUAUGCUCAGCAUUUGGUAAGAGACACACAAAGGUUGCAGCACAGAGUUACGGAAAGUUUCUGGAGGAGUAGCAAGCAGGCCGACCCAGAUGUCCAGGGUGGACUCCGCAUACCCAGUACCCCAAGCUGCUUCAUGUGGCAUCUUGGCUUCUGUUUCAGUAACCACAUUCAACGCCUGAGGAUUUAGCAGAGAGGAACACUGCGUCUUUAAAUGAGAAAGUGUACAAUUCUUUUUCCUUCUACAGCAUGUCAGAAUCUCAAGUUCACUUUUCAACCUACAAUAUAAAAAUUUGUAAUAAAACCUUCAUGAUCUCAUGACAUGAAGCACUGUUCUGUCAAGUACUUUCAAAUAUUUCUGAUACUGCUGAGUUAAGACCAUCAGAAGAAGCUAGCACUAAGUCAUGUUCAGAGCUCUCCAUAUUUUCCUGAUCUCUUUAAGUAUUCGUUGCUGCCACUGUGUACUGUGGAGUUGACUUGGUGUUCUGUCCCAGUGCGGUGCCUCCUGACUCCCCCACUGCUCUCUGUGGUGAGAAAUUUGCCUUGUUCAAUAAUUACUGUACCCUCGCAUGACUGUUACAGCUUCCUGUGCAGAGAUGACUGUCCAAGUGCCACAUGCCUAUGAUUGAAACGAAAAAUCUAUUGUUACCUCUGAGUGUGUUCCAUGGAAAAUGCUAUCCAGCAGAUCAUUUAAGAAAAACAAUUCUAAUUUUAGCUUUUCAUUUCUCAGCUGUCUUUUUUUUUUUUCCUUGUUUGAUUUUUGACAGCAAUGGAGAAUGGGUUAUAUAAAGACUGCCUGCUAAUAUGAACAGCAAUGUAAUUCAUGGAAAUAAAUGUACAUCUUUAUCUUCACAUUCAUGUUAAGAUUCAGUGUUGAUUUCCUCUGGAUCAGCGUGUCUGAAUGGGCAGUCAGAUUCAGUUUGUGCUUCAAACAGAAAUACUCAUGGGACCUCACUUUCCCACCCUGGGCACUGCCCCACACUUCAUUUUACAUCAGAUGCUUUAGAAAGGUCCUUUUCCUCUCUGCACAACAGGUAAUGCUCAUGUUCCUUUGCUCAAAUCAUGGGUCUCAAGUAGUCUGUCAAACUCUGAUGACAAACCCAAACAUCUCAGGUCGGAAUCUCUGGUUCCCUCUAAAGAGGACCUACCCAUGUGCCCCAGAGCUGCUGCUGGGCACAGCUGAGUUCUGGGAAGGGCUGCCCAACCUCACGUGGCUCUUGCCACCUGAACCAGGGUGCUGACAUUCACACCUCACAUGGCUAUAGAAAGGUGACUGACUCAUCCUUAGAAAUCCUAAUCCUGUCUUGAUUCUUGACCUAAAGUAACAUGUUUCUCACUUCCACUUGCAAGCUGCCAUGUAAAGGUCUACCCAGCAUUGACGGAUUACAGAGAAUUUGACUGUUAUUUGAUACAUCAAUAGUGUUCAUUUUAAAGGAGCAAUGACAGUUUUACUACUCUUGUUUCUUUGUACUUUUUAAAUGGAAUGUUCAUAUUAUUGUGAGGUUAAUUUGCAAUCCUUUUCUAAAUAAAGAAACCAUAGCCUUGGCUACUAAUAUCUGGGGCCUCAAGCGCUUUGCCAUCCCCCUUUCUGGUACUAUGGAGUCAGAUUUGACAUGAAAGCACUCACUGCAUUCCAUAAUCACUGUAGCCACAAGUUGUGUGCUUUUCAUUAAUACCUUAACAGAUCAGAGAGUUGUCAUAACCAAGGAACCUGUGAAAAUUACUAGUUAUUACUGUAGUAGGCUCAGAAUUUUGGCUCUUCUUACAUUUCUAAAGAUGUACAGAUUAGGUCAUCUCAAUUCAUACUGGUGACACCGAACACCUUCAUUAUUAAUAUGCACAGAUAAACUUUUAGAUGUAUGGCUUUUUUGUUGUCUAAACUGUAAGCCAAAAAAUCCUGUCGAAACAUUCCAGUCCUUUCAUUUGGUAUGAAAUAAAUACCCAACAAGCCAGUGGGGUGAAUGUGAGAACCCUUGGUGAGAAAUCUGCCCUGACACAAGUCUUCAAAGCUGACCAGCAUGCAGACUACUGUGGCAUCUAGUAGAAGAUUCUCGUGUUCCCUGUGCAGUGCACAGUGUGUGGCGUGUCCACACGUGUCUCACGUAUUCCUGCUGCUUCUGGGUAUAGGCACUGGCUGAGGCGGGAGACAUUAGCUUUGGGAAGCUUACAAACUUACCAGUGGUUGUUUCUGAGAAAUCAAAAGGGUAGACCCACCCGUGCCACAUAAUAUUCAGACCAUUCAGAGGAGACUUUUAUCUUUAUUUGCUUAUGUGUUAAUACGGUUUUUGAAUUGGUAACUUUUAUAUAGUAUGGUAACAGUAUGUUAAUACACACAUAAAAUGCACACAUGCUUUGGGUCCUUCCAUAAUACUUUUAUAUUUGUAAAUCAAUGUUUUGGAGCAAUCCCAAGUUUAGGGGAAAUAUUUUUGUAAAUGUAGUGGUUUUGAAAAUCUGAGCAAUCAUUUUGCUUAUACAUUUUUAAAGCACUUGCGCUUUAAAAUUGUGCUGAUGUUUGAAACAUGAUACCCUAUAAUGCAGAUGAGAAGCAUGUAAAAGUGGAGUAAAUAUGUGAUUUCUCCUACUGUUAUCCAACUUGACAUGAUGGAUUAGCAACAACUGGGAAUCCAGAGUAAAUUCUCUAGGGUUACACCAGGUUUACCUAAAGCUUGUUGCCUUUUUUUGUGCCGUUUAUCCGUGUAGAGCACUCCAGAAAGUUCUGAAACUGCUUUGUAUCUGCUUUGUACUGUUGGUGCCUUCUUGGUAUUGUAUUCCAAAACUCUGCAUAGAUUAUUUAGUAUAAUGGUAAGUUAAAAAAUAAUGUUAAAGGAAGAUUUUAUUAAGAUUCUGAAUGUUUAUUCAUUAUAUUGUUACACUUUAACAUUUAUUUGUGGUAUUUGUGAUUUGGUUAAUCUGUAAAAAAAUUGUAAGUAGAAAGGUUUAUAUUUCAACUUAAUUCUUUUAAUGUUGUAAACGUACUUUUUAAAAGAUGGAUUAUUUGAAUGUUUAUGGCACCUGACUUGUAAAAAAAAAAAAUCUCCAAAAAAAAUCUAGAAUCAUUAAAUUGUGUCGCUGUAUUACCAAAAUAACAUAGUACUGUGCAUGUAUAGUUUUAAGUGAAAUUUCACAUGUGGAAGUAUGAAAUCAUCUAGUCCUUAAUUACAACGUUUCCCAAAUAAGUGUGUCUUCCUACUUUACUUAUGGUUGUUAGUGAUAAAAUCAAAAGUCCAUGCUCUGGAGUCAAAUGGGGGUUUUUGUGCUCCAUCCAUUUUCCAGGUGGUUCUUCAGACUGCAGGUAUGGGGGAGAGGGCACCUGAACGUCAGCACCGCCAGUGCUAGGGCAUCCCCUGUGUUCAGACCAAGAAGUCGUUACUGCAUUAAAAAAUCUUGAACAUUUGGUUCUUGUCCAGCAUUGGACAUUGUGCGGCAACUGAUUUAUAACACAGACCAGGAAAUGCUUUUGAUGUGGUAUUGUAGGAAAAACAGACAGACUUUGAGCCCUUAAAUCUGGGUCACAAUCUGCCUCUCUACUUACAGCUGCAAGUCAAGUGGCUUUGGGCCACUCCUUCUACAUCUGUGCUUCAGUCUCUCCGUGAUAGACUGUCACUGUAAAGGGGAAACAGUAUCACUUUCCUUGCAUGUGAUAAGGAUUAUAAAAAUAUAUUUCAAGUGAUUGGCAUAGUACCUGAAAGCAAGUACUCAUUAAAUAGAAGAUUUUCUGAAAUGCUUUUUUAUGUCAUUAAAUGUUGCAAAAUGUCACUAAAUGUCUGCUUACUGAAAAAUACGCUUCUGGCUGGGUACCCAUGGUUCACACCUAUAAUCCUAGCUACUCAGAAGGCAGAGAUCAGGAAGAUUUCAAUUCAUAGCCAGCCUGGGCAAAUAGUUUGUGAAACCCUAUCUCAAAAAUAACACAAACAGGACUGGAGGAGUGACUCAAGUACUAGAGCACCUAGCACAUGUGAGACCCCGAGUCCAAAGCCCAGUACCGCCAAGUAAAAAACUGCUUCUGUCCAUCUGCCAGCAAAACCUGUUGGAAACUUUCCUUGGGGAAAUGAGCUGAUGCCAUCUAACCUGGGAGGUUUGAUGGGGUGUUUGAAAUACUCAGAUGCAUUCACAUUUGCUCUUUUCUUGAGAGGGUAACACUGUUGCCCAGUCCCUAGAGAAAGCAAUCGUGGUCAUUACCGUCCUUGUUCAAUGCAAAAGCCUGAAUGCAUUUUCCUUCACUUUCCCAAUGUUGGGCUCCUUCCCUUAGCAGUGGCAUAGCUAUUCCAGUUGGCAGUAGAUCAGCAUCUGGGCAGGCUGUUUCACUGUACUUAAUCAGAGCCAAGUGUUCAGAGGUUUCUCUGAACUGUCUGAAGGGGAAGAAAGUAAAGCCAGGUGAUAGGAGUUAUAGCAGGUAGAAAGAAGCAAAGUGCAGACCACCCCUGAGGCCCUGGACUGGGACAGGCUUGAGGGUAUCCAAAACCCUUCUUGGUUUUUGGGAUAGGGUUUCUGCCAACUUUACCCUUGAACUCAUAGUCCUCCUGCCUCUGCCUCCUGAGAAGCUGGUGUGCAAAAAGUCAUUUUCUGCCAGGCACCAG